AUGAAAUGGGAGCCAAGUGAAGUGAAGUACACUGUUGACUUCGACCGGCUCUGGCUUGUUUUGGAGGUCACCCUGGAGUGGGAGUUAGCCACCGGGGAGUUGGCUUUGCGGGGUACGUUGGUGAAUCAGAAGGACUAUGGCAACCCACCCGUAUGCCGAGUGAUCGAUCCCGAGAAUCAGUGUGGCCAAUACUGCCGAUCCAUUCCUCAUCCGAUAUUUAACUAUGUCCCGGAACUUAGGAGCAAGUUGGAUGGUAUAGAAAACGAGCAGCUGGCCGUACAAAUCAAGCUGGAUGCCCAACUUCUGGAGAUUCAGAACCAGCUGGAGCUGGAGAAGUCGACUCUCCGGGAAUCUUUGCAGACAAUCGUCACGAAAAAGGACCUCGAUGCGCUUCGUUUCGAAGUGUGGCACCAAUUUCAGUUUGUUUCAAACAAAAUAGAAGCCCUUCGAGCACCAACGAAUAGUCCAAAAACACCCCCACCGCAUUUUGAACAAAUUGAUUCGAGGUUUUUUUACAUCGAACAGAGCAUUGAGCAGACGUGGACUGAGGCUGCAGUUAGCUGCCAUCGGAAAGGUGGAUAUCUAGCUGCCAUCAAAAAUUAUGAGGAACAUAUUGACAUCACCUCGAAGCUGGUCAGGAAUAAAAAAUACUGGCUUGGAAUUAACGAUGAGAAACAUAGGAAUGAGUUCGUAUCCUUGGCCUCUGGAAAAGACGCCCCAUAUUUAAGCUCUAAAUACUAUUUCAUUUGCCAGGCAGAUAACGAACUUUAA